AUGUACUUGUUAACAUGUAGGGGGCUGGCAUCUUCAGCUAGCAGACCUCGUGAAGACAGUUGGUUAAAGUCGCUAUUUGUUCGCAAAGUCGAUCCAAGGAAAGAUGCUCACUCCAACCUUCUAGCCAAAAGAGAGACCAGCAGUCUGUAUAAACUACAGAUUCACAAUGUAAAACCAGAAUAUCUAGACGCCUACAACAAGCUUUGUCAAGAGGUGCUGCCAAAGAUUCAUGAAGAAAAACACUACCCAUGUGCACUGGUGGGGACUUGGAACACGUGGUACGGAGAGCAAGAUCAGGCUGUUCAUCUGUGGAGAUACGAGGGAGGGUAUCCAGCUCUCAAUGAGGUCAUGAACAAACUCCGUCAAAAUAAGGAAUUCACAGAGUUCCGCAAAGAAAGAGGUAACAUGCUUCUGUCCCGCAAGAACCAGUUAUUGUUGGAAUUUAGUUUCUGGAAUGAACCUGUUCCCAGAGCGGGGCCUAAUAUUUAUGAACUGAGAUCCUAUCAACUUAGACCUGGAACAAUGAUUGAGUGGGGAAAUUACUGGGCUCGUGCAAUUCGUUUCCGACAGGAUAAUAAUGAAGCAGUUGGAGGCUUUUUCUCACAGAUUGGACAGCUGUAUAUGGUUCAUCACCUCUGGGCUUACAAAGAUCUCCAAACCAGAGAAGAUAUAAGGAAUGCUGCAUGGCAUAAACCAGGCUGGGAUGAGCUAGUCUAUUACACAGUGCCCCUUAUUCAGGAAAUGGAGUCCAGAAUCAUGAUACCAUUGAAGAUUUCUCCGCUUCAGUAAAGUCACUGAUUUACUUGUGCCUACAUAGAUAAAGUGACAAGUAUUUGUCUUAAAUUAAUUUAUGGUAUACAUUGUAUAUCAUAGUCUGAAAUAUAAAAGUACUGUAUUGAGCUUAUAAAAGAGACCUCUUUUCUUCAGAAUCUAAUGGCUUUUUGCUCUUAGGAUUGUACCAAGAAAGCAAGAAAUACAGGACUGGAAUUAAAUGUUGGUUAAUUGAAAACAAGUACAAAGACAUACAUGAGUUCCUCUGUGAGACAGCUCCUCAGGUUAAGUAUGGCAUACAGUAUUUAAUAUCUUCUGUUACAUAGACAAUGCCCAGAGUUCAGUAACAGCAACAGAAUGAAUGUUACAGUUGUUGUGGCCUUUGUCUAGCAUUA